AUGAGCCCCAACGCUUCGUCACCACUUUGUGCGCCUUACGGGACCUGGAAGUCGCCCAUUGACGCAAAACUAAUAUCUGAAGCGGGUCUCAGUGUUGAAGAUUUACUUGUGGAUGAUAUUACCCGGGAACUAUAUGUUCUCGAGUCGAGACCCUCAGAAGGUGGAAGGAAUGCCAUAGUCUCAGCAUCUGACAACCGAGACAUAUACGGACCGAGCUGGAAUGCUCGUUCUCGUAUUCACGAGUACGGCGGUGCUCCUGCUCUGGCGCACGAUAGACGAGUCUAUUUUUCGAACAUCACGGACGGCAGGGUGUACGUGGUUGACACGGCUAAACGGUCUAUACCAACUGCAGUGACACCAGCAGAGAACCCCAGUCACCGCUACGGUGAUUUCACUUUGCACCCCAAAGACAAAAAGUGGCUUGUGUCUAUUCUCGAGGACCAUACCGUCGACAGUGCUUCAGGCAUCAAGACUUCCCUUGUGGCGAUCAACACUCUGACGCAAGAGAGUAAGAUAAUAGCUAGUGGUUCCGAUUUCUACAGCAACCCGCGUUUCAGCCCGGACGGUCGUUUCAUCGUCUGGAAAGAAUGGAAUUUCCCUUAUAUGCCGAUUCAAGCGAGCAACCUGAUGUUGGCGCCUUUCUCUAUCCCUGAUGAUGCGGACGCGUUUCCGUCUGUUGGAGCCGCGGUCCUGGUGUCAGGUGGGAACGGAAAGAUCAAUGGAGAGCCAACAUGGACACUUGCGAAUGAACUCGUCUUCACAACGGACAAAGAUGGCUAUCUAAAUCCAUGGAUACUACGCGGCAUUUCUAGUGCCACUCCUCAGCCAGAGCCGCUGUCACCUGUUGUCAUACCAGAAGAAUUCGGAGAGCCUUCAUGGUUCCUCGGACUUUCUAGUUUCGCUUUAUACGACCAGCGCCGCGUUCUCUUCUCGUCAUUCCGGAAUGGGAGGUCCCAGCUUUACCUUGCCAGCCUCGAUACGCGGGAGUUCCUCCCGGUUGAGACGCCAUUUGUUCUUAUACAACACGUCCGCAGCUUGGGUGACGGCAAGGUCGUCUUUGUAGGGAAGAAGGCUGACGAUAACUCGGGUGUUAUUGAGUUUAGUUGGUCAGAGCAGGAUCAAAAGCCCAUAUACAGAGUGCUGCGAGGGAGAACUGACUUGCCUUUUCCGAAAGGACUCAUCUCGCUACCAGAACCGGUGGAGUUACAGGUUCUUCCGGAAGGGAGGACGACUCAUGCUAUCCUAUACCUUCCCAAGAAUCCUGACUAUUCUGGGGGUUUACCUGGGGAGCUACCUCCUGCUAUCUUUAACCUUCAUGGAGGGCCGAACUCAAUGCUAGAUCAGGCGCUCGAUUGGACCAAGCAAUACUAUUCAUCUCGCGGAUGGGCAUGGCAAACCAACUACCAUGACAGGAUCGAUCUCAACUAUAACGGAUCGACUGGGUACGGCCGAGAUUACAUGGACCGCUUGCAGGGACAAUGGGGUGUCGUUGACGUUAGGGACUCUGUCGAAGCCCUGCGAGAGCUAGGUAAGCGCAGGCUGAUCGAUGUCAACCGGUCGGCGAUCCGUGGGCGCAGCGGGGGAGGCUUCACGACCCUGCAGACGUUGUCCACGACAACGGAUAACUUUAAAGCUGGGACUGCGUGGUUCCCUGCGUCGGACCUUAUUGCGUUGCAUGUGAACUGUCAUAAAUUCCAGUCGCAGUAUAUUCCGGGGCUUGUUGGAGCGUUGUUAGAGGAGGAUUCGGCUCUGUGGAAGAAGCGUUCGCCAUUCUAUCAAGCGAGUCAGAUCAAGGCUCCAGUACUGGUAUGUGGAUAUGUUGUCAUUGACCGUAUCGUUCCGCCCGAGCAGACGCAAGACAUGGCAAAAACCAUAGAAGCUAACGGUGGAUCGGUAAAAUAUAUUGAAUUCGAAGGGGAGGGACAUGGCUGGAGGAAGGCUGACAGCAUCAGAAGAUCCAUCGAGGAGGAAUUAUCCUUCUAUCAGGAAAGAUUCGGACUGAAGGGGGCGCCUUGA